GGCUGCGUGGGGCAGAGACCCCCGCCCGUGGGGCUGAGGGGCCGCGAUCCCCCGGGCUCCCUGGCCCCUGGGGGCGAUGGGCGAGCCCGGCCAGAGGGACUGGCUGCUCCGGCAGCGCCCGGCGGGGCUCGCUCCCCCCGGGAGAGAGGGACAGGGGACAGGCGCGACGCGGCUUCUCCCGGGCGAGCGGAGGAAAAUGUGCAUCCCGGCGACAUCUCCAGAUUGCUAACUGAUCCUACAAGGACACUGCCCCCUGCCCUCUUCCCUGCCUCUGCUAUGGACACUUCUGCUUUUAGCCUCCCCACGCCGGCAGUGUUGGAGGAGGGGAAUGCCUCCAGUAGCUGGGCAGGCUUCACUGCCCCCAACAGCUCCUCCACCGUCAGCCCCGGUGUAGUUGUCAGCGGUGUCCUCAUCCCCGUGGUCUACCUCAUUGUCUGUGUGGUGGGGCUGGCUGGGAAUUCCCUGGUCAUUUACGUGGUCCUGCGGCACUCCGUGAGCGAGUCGGUGACCAACGUGUACAUCUUGAACCUGGCCCUGGCUGACGAGCUCUUCAUGCUGGGCCUGCCCUUCCUGGCUGCACAGAAUGCCCUGUCCUACUGGCCCUUUGGCUCUUUCAUGUGCCGCCUGGUGAUGGCCGUGGAUGCCAUCAACCAGUUCACCAGCAUCUUCUGCCUGACGGUGAUGAGCGUUGACCGCUACCUGGCUGUGGUCCACCCAGGGAAGUCCUCCAAGUGGAGGACAGCACGGGUGGCCAAGGCUGUCAGUGUAACCGUGUGGGUGCUGUCUUCCAUAGUGGUGCUGCCCGUGGUUGUCUUCUCAGACGUCCCUUUAGGGAUGAGCACGUGCCACAUCCAGUGGCCAGAGCCCGCCUCAGUGUGGAGAGCUGGCUUCAUCGUCUACACGGCCACCCUGGGCUUCUUUGGACCGCUGCUGGUGAUUUGCCUCUGCUAUCUCCUGAUUGUUGUGAAGGUUCGCUCCUCUGGCAGGCGGGUGAGGGCUCUGUCCUCCAAGCACAAGCUUUCCGAGCGCAGAGUGACCCGCAUGGUGGUGACUGUGGUGGCCGUCUUCGUCCUUUGCUGGCUUCCCUUCUACGUCCUCAACAUAAUCAACGUUGUCUGCCCGCUGCCAGAGGAGCCAUCCCUCUUUGGAGUCUACUUCCUCGUGGUGGUGCUGCCGUACGCCAACAGCUGCGCCAACCCCAUCAUCUACGGCUUCCUCUCCUACCGCUUCCAGCAGGGCUUCCGCAGGGCCAUCUUCAGGCCCUCCCGCCGAGUGCGGAGCCAGGAGGCGCCUGCGGGCCCCCCCGGGAGGGCUGGUGACGACAGGGAAGAGGGGGAGAUCAGCAAGAUCACCCAGAAUGGAAAUGGCAGGCAGGAGCGCCCUCCAAGCAGCGGAGAAGGAAAAAGCAGUGAGCAAAAGCCACUCCCUGAGGAGCCCGCGGGAUGCGAGAAGAGCGACAAGUUGCAUGUCAGCUAUUUAUGAUGGAAGGGGUGGUGCAGGGGAAAGGGACGUGGGGACGUGGGAUCGCCUUCACCUUCUCUGCUUCCAAAGGGAAACAUCGAUACAAGAGAUUAAUAAAGUCUGAGGGAAUGCUUAAAGAUGAAUAGGGCUCUAUGAUCUUGUGGAAAAAGCAAGGCAUUGCUCUUGGCUUUGGAAGAGACGCCUGAGGUUUGUGUGGUACCAGUGUUACCAGAAAUUGGUAAAAAAUAAAACCUCCUUAACAUUAAUGUAAUGUUGAGAAGCAGGCAUUCUUUAUUUGGCUGGAUGCACAGGGGAGUGUGUCCUUCAAAGUAUCAUGCAUGCUGAGUACAGAAAAGUCUCCCAUUUA